UUCACUAUCUUUCUUUCAUUCACACUCACACUCUCUCUCUCUCUCUCUCGCCCGACCGCCCGACCGCCUGCCUGCCUGUGGUCGUCCCGUCCCUCCCUCCGCUCUCUAUGCGGAAAAGUGUGAAAAAGUUUUGGUAGCGAGCGGCUCUUAUGUAUGCACCAGCCUCGCGGCAAGCACAGCGGCUACAACAUGUUUCUGGCCGUCAACCAGAGUCUCCACAAUGCCAGCAAGAAGAAGAAGAAGCGACGCUCCAUGCAGCAGGAUGAGGACGAGACCGCGUCCACGUCCGCCGCGACAGCAACAAAUGCGGUGAAGCCGCGGCGUCUCGAGUCCGCGGCCUCCAGUGACCAUCUGGUGGGCGACACAGAAUCGACUGCUGGUGCUGCGACUGCCAACAAGGCGGCCACUUCACUGACACUCGUCUACAUCUAUUUGGGGGCCCUCACCCUGAUCCUGGCCAGCCUCGCCAUCGUCUUCUACACGCACACACAGCAGGAUCCCCCACCGACGCAGAUCUCGAGCUCGCUGUUUCGCGCACAGUUCCAGGCGGAGCUGCAGCGAUCACAGGAUGCCCUGCGAGCGAUGGUCAGCCAGAUAAUCGAAGCGGAUCAUGAGCGGGAAACAAGCACCGCCAGUACCACGCGAAAGAUCAGCAGCAGCAGCAGCGGCGGCGGCAGCGGAGAGGUGAAGAACGAGCGCAAGUUCACGGACAAUCUGAUCGGUCACGCCCCGCGCGCCUCAGAGGAGAAGCGGAUGCGGAUGCGAGUCCGGCGGGACAUUGCCUCGUCGCCCGCCUCGAUGCACGCGGACCCACUGAUCGAGUUCUUCAAUCCGAACCACCGCAUGGCGCUCGAGGAGCAGGACUCAGAGAUCCGCAAGCGGACCGGCCAGAAGGGUGCGGCCCCCGGCGGCGACGAGUGGAUCUACCUGAACACCUACUGCCGCGUGCCCGAGAAGAUCAUCACGGGCUUCUGCAAGGGCACCCAGGACUACUGUCCGCCGGCACCGGUGGGUCCGCCGGGUGAGUCGGGCCCCAAGGGUCCCACCGGCAAUCCCGGCCUGCCCGGCAUUCCCGGCCCGAAGGGCAAUCGCGGCGAUGUCGGACUGCCCGGCGCCCCCGGCGUCGAUGGCGUCGGCCAUCUGGGGCCCGCGGGUCCGCGUGGACCCAAGGGCGAUGCUGGCGGCGUCGGGCGGUCCGGUCUAGAUGGACGGGACGGUGUGCCGGGGGAGCCGGGACUGGACGGCGUGCCGGGACGAGCGGGUGCCGAUGGCAAGAACGGACAGCCGGGGCGCGAUGGCAAGGACGGGCUGAAUGGCAAGGACGGCAAGGAUGGGCUGUCCAUAACGGGGCCGAAAGGCGCCCAGGGACCACCCGGCGAACGCGGACUCAAGGGCAUUGCUGGUCCGCGCGGACGUCCUGGAAAGCCGGGCACCAACGGCACGCCCGGAGUUCCCGGCAUCAAUGCAUGGAAAAUGCAGUUCCCCAAUGGCAGCUCCUCGAACGAUCUGCUGAUACCGCCCUCGAUAACAGAUCUGCAUGCACCGGACUUCCAUCGCACGGUAAUUGUGGAGGAGGGGCGAUCCCUGAACCUUAGCUGCACGGCCACCGGCAGUCCCCAGCCGCAGGUGGAGUGGCGUCGCGAGGACGGUCGCACCAUCAACGUCAAUGGAAUGGAGAUGGCCUCCAUUAGCGGACAGUUCCUGAAGUUCACGAACAUCACGAGGCACCAGAUGGCGGCCUACACAUGCUAUGCCAACAAUGGGAUUGCUCCCGUCGCCAAUGCGACCUUCAUCGUGGAAGUUCACUUUGCUCCCAUGAUCUCGGUGUACCGACAAAUGAUCUACGCGGAGUACCAGAGCAGUGCCACGCUGGAGUGUCUGGUGGAGGCCUUCCCCGAGGCCAUACGCUACUGGGAGCGGGCCUACGAUGGCAAGAUUCUGGACCCCAGCGAGAAGUACAGCAUCGAAUCGUAUCCGGAUGGUUUCAAGACAUCUAUGCGGCUGACCAUCAACAACCUGCGAAAGGACGACUUUGGCUACUAUCAUUGUGUGGCACGCAACGAACUGAAUGCCACCAUGGUCAACUUUGAGAUAGCACCGCAAGAUCCGAACAGCGAGACCCCGUAUGUGGGCAACAGCAUCAAGGUGUACGGCCAGCGACCGCCGGAGAGCGAGUGCCCCGUCUGUGACCAGUGUCCGGAUCCCAGCCUGUACCAGUGCAAGGACUCCAUACUGAACAACUUUGAGAUCCAGCCGACAGGAAACCUCAGCUAUCCGGGGCUGCCCAAGCGACCCAAGACUUGCUAUCUAUAUGCCGUUGGCAAGCCCGUGUUCCACAAGGUCGUUAACGAGAAGUUUGGAUCGUGGCUGCGAGACCCAGCGCCGGACAGCGAUCGAGAGAAGACGUUCGUGACGAACGAGAACGAUCCGUACAAUCUGUUUGAGUUCACCACGCGGAUACAGUACCGCAUGAACAGUGUGCCCAGGCGCAAGUACGAAAUUCCCGAGGGUUUCCAUGGCAACGCUCAUGUGGUGUUCAAUGGCUCGUUCUACUACCACCAGAGGAACUCCGAUCUGGUGGUUAAGCUGGAUCUUAUAAGCCUCAAAAAGAUAACCACCCAAUUGCCCUACGCGGGAGUGGCGGCCUCAAACCGACUCUACGCCACGGACUUCAACUUCAUGGACUUCAAUGUGGACGAGGUGGGUCUGUGGGUCAUCUACAGCACCUACAACUCCAACAACACUCUGGUGGCCAAGCUGGAUGCGGAGACCCUGAAGAUGCAGUACAACUUCAAUAUAACCUUGGACCAUCAUCAGUUCGGGGAAAUGUUCAUUGUGUGCGGCAACCUUUAUGCCAUCGACUCGGCCACCGACAAGAACACACAGAUCCGAUAUGUGGUGGACCUCUAUAAGGGUAAGCUGCUCAACACGAAUCUGCCGUUCUCGAAUCCCUUCAGCCACACCACCACCGUGGGCUACAAUCCCUUGACAGUGGAACUCUACUCGUGGGACAAGGGUAAUGCACUCACAUAUCCCAUACGCUACAAUGAGCAGCGCCUCAUCUCCGACAACAGUUAGGAGAUCUAUAGAUACAAUAAAUCCACAGCUCAAAUCUAAAGUACAUUAUAAGGCACACACACACAAUAAAUAAAUGAGAAUUGUUUUUUUCCCACAA